AUGCCGGUUGUGACUCCAGAAAAGCUGGCCAGCUUGCAGAAGCAGUCGCAAGAUGUCCGAAAUAUUUGCAUUCUGGCUCACGUGGAUCAUGGCAAAACUUCAUUAACAGAUGCUCUACUGGCCACCAACGGCAUCAUAUCUCCCAAGUUGGCCGGCAAGAUCCGCUACCUGGACUCGAGACCCGAUGAGCAGACUCGAGGUAUCACCAUGGAGUCGUCCGCCAUCUCACUCUACUUCUCCAUGCUAAGACGAUCUGCUCCCGACGCUACCCCUGAGGCGAAGGAGUACUUGAUUAAUCUCAUCGAUUCACCGGGCCACAUUGACUUUAGCAGCGAGGUGUCCACCGCCUCAAGAUUAUGUGACGGCGCCGUCGUGCUGGUGGAUGCCGUCGAAGGAGUUUGCAGUCAGACCGUGACCGUUCUUAGACAGAGCUGGAUCGAAAAGCUCAAGCCACUCCUGGUCAUUAACAAGAUCGACAGACUUGUUACAGAGCUCAAAAUGACACCUCAAGAGGCAUAUGUCCACUUAAGCAAACUUUUAGAGCAGGUCAAUGCAGUCCUGGGCAGCUUCUUCCAGGGCGAACGUAUGGAAGAAGAUCUCAACUGGAGAGAGAGGAUGGAGGAGCGUGUAAAUGCCACAGCCGCAACCAAGGCUUCGACGGCCAGCGAUACGGCCAGCGAAAUUUCAGGAGACCUUCAGUUUGAAGAACUCGAUGAUGAAGAUUUAUAUUUCGCUCCAGAGAAGAACAAUGUCAUUUUCAGCAGCGCUAUUGAUGGCUGGGCGUUUACCUGCAGGCAAUUUGCAAGCCUGUACGAAAAAAAGCUGGGAAUUAAGCGAGGCAUCAUGGAAAGAUGUCUAUGGGGCAACUUUUACCUGGAUCCCAAGACGAAGAAGGUGCUGGGGCAGAAACAUCUUAAGGGCCGUAACCUUAAGCCCAUGUUCGUCCAGUUGGUUCUUGAACCUGUCUGGACCGUGUACCAAGCUACUAUUGGCGCCGAUGGAGGCAGAGGAGACCCGGCGCUCCUCGAAAAAGUCACAAAGUCACUCAACAUCACAAUUGCACCUCACAUCCUUCGAGCCCGAGACCCCCGACUUUUACUGACCACAGUAUUCGCUUCCUGGCUCCCGCUUUCAACCGCCUUAUUGGUCUCCGUGAUUGAAUCGCUCCCAUCACCCCCUACAGCACAGGCCGAGAGACUGCCUGAUGUCAUCGACGAAUCUCCAGAUGCCCAGUUCAUUAACAAGUCUGUCCGAGACGCCAUGGUCUCUUUCAGAACCGACAAGUCAGACCCCGUCGUCGCAUACGUCAGCAAGAUGGUUUCUAUUCCCGAAAGCGAACUGCCUGAAAAUAAGAGGCGCACCGGCCAAAUGACUGGAGAGGAGGCGAGGGAAUUGGCUCGGCAGAAGCGUGCAGCGGCUGCUGCUUUGGCGGCUGCUAACAACCCGAGUGAGGAGGAUAUGAUGACCCAGGCGCUGGAGACUGUCAACAUCGACGAUAUCACACCAGCUGCUGAGGAAGAAAAGAUUGACCCGGAGCACUUGAUUGGCUUUGCCAGAAUCUUUUCGGGAACUCUCUCCGUGGGAGACACAUUAUAUGUCAUCCCACCCAAGUGGUCACCAGCCAACCCUCACGCAGAUCCUGAGCCUCAGCAAAUUACUGUAAAAUCUCUGUACAUGUUCAUGGGAAGAAGUCUGGAAGCGCUAAACAGCGUACCCGCCGGCGUUGUUUUUGGCAUCGGAGGCCUGGAAGGCAAGAUUCUCAAAUCAGGAACUCUCUGCAGCACACUCGAAGGAGCUGUCAAUUUGGCGGGCAUCAGCCUGGCCGGAAAGCCAAUCGUGCGUGUUGCACUCGAGCCCGUCAACCCAGCUGAUCUCGACAAAAUGAUCCAGGGCCUGCAUCUGCUUGUGCAGAGCGACCCCUGUGCAGAGUACGAGCAGUUUGCUAGCGGAGAGCACGUUUUACUGACUGCUGGCGAACUUCACCUCGAGAGAUGUCUCUUGGAUCUGAAGGAAAGGUUUGCGCGAUGCGAUAUCCAGGCUGGUGCACCCAUUGUUCCGUACAGAGAGACGAUUGUCAAGGCAGAGGAGAUGCGUCCUCCUGCUAACAAGGAGCUUGGCCGUGGAACCAUUGUGUCUUCUACGAGCUCCAAGCAAGUAAACUUGACUCUACGUGUCCAGCCACUACCUACGAAUGUCACAGAAUUCUUGCUCAAGAAUGGCGAUGCAAUCAAACGCCUGUACAAUGUACGAAAGUUGGUAGAGGAGGAAGGGGAAGAGAGCAACGAGGAAGCCAUCGAGGCAGACACCGAGCUUACUGCUGGCGCAGCCCUAUCAGUGGAAGAGCUAAAGACGCAGCUACAGAAAGAGCUGGAGACUGGAAAGGGCCGCGAAGGAUGGAAAGGCCUGGUAGAUCGAAUUGCUGGCUUUGGACCGAGGCGGACAGGCCCCAAUCUUCUCAUAGAUGCUACCAAAGAUGGCAUUCUUCCGAAAAUCUUUGCUGCAGCCAAGGCGCCUGAUGCGAUACCUGGGUCUGACGACAAGCUCAAUCCCAGCCAUCUCUCCGAUAAAAUCACAUAUGCUUUCCAGCUAGGAACGGCACAGGGACCAUUGUGCAAUGAGCCCAUGCAGGGCGUUGCCGUCUUCAUUGAGGACGUUUCUUUGAACCUUUCAGAAGACGAUACAUCUGCUCGUGAUAAAUUGAACAGGCUUACGGGAGAGGUCAUCAAGGCGUUCCAAUCGUCACUACGAGCAGCCUUCCUGGACUGGUCUCCGCGACUCAUGCUCGCAAUGUACACGGUUGAAAUUCAGACUUCUACAGAGGUAUUGGGACGCGUCUACGACGUGCUUACCCGCCGCAGAGGUCGCGUGGUAUCAGAGGCAAUGAAAGAGGGAACACCGUUCUUCACCAUCCAAGCCAUGCUGCCGGUAGCUGAGAGCUUUGGCUUUGCAGACGAGAUGCGCAAGCGGACUAGCGGAGCGGCCCAGCCGCAGCUGAUUUUCGCGGGAUUUGAGAUCCUGGACGAAGAUCCGUUCUGGGUGCCGUUUACCGAGGACGACCUGGAGGACCUCGGAGAAUUGGCGGAUAAGGAAAAUGUAGCGAAGCGGUACAUGGAUGGCGUGCGGAAGAAGAAGGGCCUGCUGGUGGAGGGUAGGACCGUGGCCAGAGAUGCGGAGAAGCAGAAGACGCUCAAGAGGUAG